AUGAAAUGUAGACCUGUGUACACCCUCUAUGACACGCGUAUCGCAUAUCACCAACCUCUCGUGGUGCUGGAGUGUGUCCUGCAGAAAGACGUAAUAUACAACAAGGUCAACCCCAUCUUCCACCACUGGAGGAUCAACAACAAGAAGUUUGGACUGACUUUCCAGAGCCCUGCUGACGCUCGUGCUUUUGACCGGGGCAUACGUCGGGCCAUUGAGGACAUCAACCAAGGAUUUCGGCCGUUUGGGGAAGGGGAUAUUCCUGAGGAUGGACUGCCGGCGUGUGAUGAGCCUCCCUCCUUAUGUACCCCAAUGAAAGAGCCUUUCUCUCCCCUGAACAACGUCGUCUCCACCGAGCCCUUCAGGGGCUGCUACGUCCGCGCCCAACCCUUCGACGAGUUCAACUCCAGCAACCGCCGCUACCUGCCUCCCCAGGUCUCCUUCAAGUCAACUCGUCAUGUCAGUUUUCACAUGGACGAAGAGGAGAUUGUUCGCAUCAACCCACGCAAAGACGUGCUCAUCCGCGGCUAUGAGGACUACCGCCACCCUGUCAUGUGGAAACAGGAUUCCGACCGCGAGGACAUGGACUUCCCCACCGCCUUCCACAAACUAGACAGUAAGAAGUGCGAGUAUCUCUUCCCCGAUGGGCCGUGUGGGGACCCCCACUCUGGCCCCGGCAUGGGCAUUGGAACAGGUAUGGGUCUGGGUCUUGGCAAGGACACAGCCAUCAAGACCCAGCCCUCGCCCCUGCUCAAGUCUAAGAAGGGCCGGCGGCGGCGAGAGGACGGCGAGCGUUCGCGCUGCAUCUACUGUCGGGAAAUGUUCAACCACGAAGACAACUGGCGGGGGCAGUGCCAGGACGCCCCCGACCCCAUCAAGCAGUGCAUCUACAAAGUCAGCUGCAUGCUCUGCGCCGAGAGCAUGCUGUACCACUGCAUGUCCGACUCCGAGGGGGACUUCUCAGACCCCUGCUCAUGUGACACGUCCGACGAGCAGUUCUGCCUGCGCUGGCUGGCCCUGGUGGCGCUGUCCUUCAUCGCGCCCUGCAUGUGUUGCUACCUGCCCCUGCGCGCCUGCCACCACUGUGGGGAGGCCUGCCGCUGCUGCGGGGGCAAGCACAAGGCGGCGGGGUGACCCCACAACGAACUCUGGGACACCCUCAAAGCUAGCUAACACAGGAAGUGGAUAAAUGCGGAAAAAUAAAAAAGCCGGCAUCCUUUUUUCAUUCCCCUCUCAGACGGGGUGAUGUUGUUGAUCCCCAGCUCUGAGGGCUUUUGGAGAUUUCUGUUUGUGUUUGUCGCCGACAAGCAGCGGUGGAGGACAAACCAAAUGCUUUGUGGGGGCUCUGAGCAUCAAGCUAUGUUCAGGAGCUUAAACUGAGGAGAGGAGCAGCAGGCAACGUCAAGAUUAAUAGACUUGGAGAUGUUACUAAACACACCUGUACACACCUGUACACACACACACACACACACAAACACACACACACACACACACACACACACACACACACACACACACACCUAUCUCUCACAUUCACACUCAUGCAUUGACAAAGCCAAGCCACAAAUGUCAGGACUCUACUGCAAGAAAUGUGUAACUUUAUGAAGGAAAAAUUGUCUUUUGUACAGAGAGCAAACAACUUAACGACGAAAAAAGAAAACAAAACUAUUCUGCGUUUCAGAAAAAAUACUUGCUGUUUGAGUAUGCUAAAAGGGAUAUGUUCUUGCUUUUUUGUGAAUUUACAGUUGGGUAACAGUGGCCUUUCCUUCAUGGCUUAAGCAUUUGCUGACAAUGUAAUUACUAGACAGAGAAAAGUGCACUAGAAAUGGUUUCCCCCCCCCUGAGUAAAGGUAACCCCCUCAAAUUCUUGUGGUACAUUAACCACCUUUUGUAGUGUAAUUUUAACAUUUAAGAGAUGUUUCCGUGGUGGAUGUAUGGCCAAUUCCUUGUUUUCCUUUCCAUCGAAUGUUGAACAAAUUCAGAAGGUGACAGCUUGUUUCUGAAGGUGCAGCUUGGUAUUGCUUUUGACAUUUAACUAUAAGAUGUUAAAAUGAUCACCUUGCCUUCCCUACGUGAUUUAGACUAUUUGAUUGCAUUCCAAAAAAAAGGGAUCGAUUCCAUGAUUAGAAGGGAUAAAAUGGUAAUGACUUUACCAUGCAGAGUUCCCCGAAAUAGUUUUUUCCACAUCAUUUAAAUAGCAUUAAAACAUCUUGAACCGUUUAAAUUUUGAAGCCACGAUUUGAUUUACUCCAAUGAAUUCCAGUUUUAGUCCAGUUAUUUACUGCUGUUGUGAAAUUGGUGUUUUUAUUUCUUACUUGUUAUUUUCCUGCUCAUUUUAUAAUUAUUUUUUAAACAAAGGCUGAAAUGUUGCUCAACCAGCAAGUUUUGUUUCGGUGAGUAAAUGGGUUACAGUGCUCCUUGGUUUAAUGAUGAGGCACUUAAAUUAGGUUAUUCUUUUAUUGGAAAUCCUUUAGAUUUUAUAAUUAGUCUGUACAUAUAUUUGACUAAUAUAACUUUAUUUAAUUUGCCAUUGGGAAUACUCCUCCUGAAAGCACUGCUCUCCAAGCUUUGGUUGCAGCACCCUCUCCAAAUGUCCAUGUUUGUCCCAUGAAUCCGUUUUUUUGUUUUCUUUUAAUUUCCCCGCACAUCCUGUGUAAAUGUAGUACUUCUUUGUUCCUCAAAAGUUCACUCCUUCCGUAUGUCUUCAUUUAACAGACCCUGGAUGAAUGAAUGAAUGCAUUGCUUCAGGAAUGCUGAGUAUCUUAGCUAUUAAACAUACAAGUGUUAUGUAUGUAUGUGUGUGCGUGUGUGUGCGUGUGUGUGCAUAGGUCUACAUAUGCAUUGUUGAUCUGGUGUCAUGUCACCUCUGACUUUGUGAUUAAGGCUUUGACUUGUAACCGCGUCCUGUUUCCUGAAGCGUCUAUUUAACAAAGAGACGAUGGAACUGUUAAAGGAGAAGUUUAACAUCCUGGGAAUUUCACUUAUCUGCUUUCUUUACUGUGGUUAGUGAGACGAUCAAAACUACUCGCUAUUGUAACUUUUGUUAAAUUGGAGCUAGCAGCCGCUUAGCCUAGCGUACAAUGGGGAAACGGAUAGCUUGGCUCCAUUACAAUGUAUUAAACUCUGCUUUAUAGCACCUUAAAGUUAACCGAUUAACAGGUUAUAUCAUUUGUUUGAUUAGUAUAAAAGCGAAAGUGUAAAGAUGACAAUUUGGGGUUUUACUACAGGUCAUGUGUGGGACUAUUUCUUGAACAGGCACAGUGACUGAUUCGUGUUGUCACCAUGAGGGUACUGUGCCUGGACAACAAAUAACUCGUAAAACCUCAAUUGGCCAUUUUUCAAAUAAAAAUAUAUAUAAUCUAUUAUUUAGUGAGCUUUAGCUGUGGCAGUAGGACGAUUUUGUCACAGUUACCUGUUAGCUUCCCUAUGCUAAUAAGCGAAGCAGCUUCGUAUUU